UAUUGAAAGCGGGACAUGAGCUUGAUCCAUGUGCACAUUCAUGGUCCUUACAGAACAGUGCUUACAGGUAUGUGUAAAAGAAGUACCAAACAUGUCUUUGUUCUUCCCAGGAUUAAGGCCAUUGAAAGUGCCACCAAAGAUGAUGAUACUAAGUGGCUGACCUACUGGGUGGUGUAUGGAGUCUUCAGUGUGGCAGAGUUUUUUGCUGACAUCUUCCUUUCCUGGUUCCCAUUCUACUAUAUUGGAAAGUGUGCCUUCUUGGUGUGGUGUAUGGCUCCAACUCCUUCUAAUGGAUCGGUGCAGAUAUAUAACCGCAUCAUUCGACCAUUCUUCCUCAAGAACGAGGCCAAGAUUGAUGAUGUAGUGAAUAACAUCAAGGACAAGGCGUCAGAAGCUGCAGACAAGUUCAAGGAUGAGGCUAAGAAAGCCACAGCAAACCUCAUAUUUGAGGAGAAGAAGAGCUCCUAAGAAUGAAGUCUGUCCACAGUGCCAGCUCUGUAGCUGACUCAUUGAAGAAAUUUUGCCUUGAAAAUGUCAGUUUUUACAGCACCUAUUCAGAACACAUCUGUAAGCUUCAUGCCUGUGAUAUUAAAUGUAAAACUGUAGCAGUCAAAGGCGCUCCAUGUUUUGUUUGGUUUUUCUGGAAGGCUCUCAGUUUAACUGUAUGGUAGUCCUGGUAUGCUUCUUGAACCAAAUAAAAACUACUUUACUAAAA